CCAACUCCAGUUUAGUGGAGAAGCAGAAGAUCCCGCUUUGACCUGCAGUCCAGCCGUCCGCGCUCCCACAGUGUUGUUAGAGAAACCUAAACAGGAGCUGAACUGCUGAAGGGUACUGCUCCCAGUGUUCCCAUUCUUCCACUUUGUUUGGAGUAAACACAUUUUGAAGAGGAACUUUCCAUCAAGAGAAACUUUAGACUGCUAAAAACAGGAAUUGAACAUGGCAUCUGAAAAAGACUCCAAUACUCAGCAAACAUCCACUGGUGUUCUCCACACUAACACAUCUUGCAGACGAAUGCAGAAAAAUAAGAGAAAGGAGAGAAGUCACCACUGCUCGGUGUGUGGAAAGAGUUUUACUCGGCAGAGUAAUCUCCAACAGCACCAGCUUAUUCACACAGGAGAGAAGCCGUAUCACUGCUCUGAUUGUGGGAAGAAAUUUACUCGACAGAGUAACCUCCAGCAACACCAGCUCAUUCAUGCGAGAGAGAAGCCGUAUCAGUGCUCUGAUUGCGGGAGGAAUUUUAAUGUCAUGGAUAAUCUUAAAAAACACCAGCGCAUUCACUCUGGAGAGAAGUCGUAUCAAUGCUCAGAGUGUGGAAAGAGUUUUAUUUAUCGGAGUAUUUUCAAAAUGCACCAGCGCAUUCACCGAGGCGAGAAAUCAUAUCACUGCUCAGAGUGUGGAAAGAGUUUUACUUACGAGAGUAUUUUCAAAAUACACCAGCGCAUUCACACAGGAGAGAAAUCGUAUCACUGCUCAGAGUGUGGAAAGGUUUUUAUUUAUCAGAGUAUGUUCAAAAUGCACCAGCGUGUUCACAGAGGAGAGAAAAAGUAUCACUGCUCAGACUGUGGAAAGUGUUUUACUUAUGAGAGCAUUUUCAAAAUACACCAGCGCUUUCAUACAGAAGAGAAGCCGUAUCAGUGCUCAGAGUGUGGAAGGAGUUUUACUUCAUGGAGUAAUCUUCAAGAACACCAGCGCAUUCACGCACGAGAGAAACCGUAUCGCUGCUCAGACUGCGGGAAGAGUUUUACUCAACAGAAACUUUUCCAAAUACACCAGCGUGUUCACACAGGAGAGAAACCGUUUCGCUGCUCAGAGUGUGGUAAGUGUUUUAUUUCACGGAGUAACCUGAAAGAACACCAGCGCAUUCAUACAGGAGAAAAACCCCAUUGCUGCUCAGACUGUGGGAAGACUUUUACUCAACAGAAGCUUCUCCAAAUACACCAGCGUGUUCACACGGGAGAGAAACCGUAUUGCUGCUCAGAGUGCGGAAAGAAAUUUAAUCAUCACAGUAAUCUCCUACAACACCAGCGUGUUCACACCGGAGACAAACCAUAUCCCUGCUCGGAAUGUGGGAGGAGUUUUAGUCGACAUAGUAAUCUCCAAAGACACCAGCGCAUUCACACUGGAGAGAAACCGUAUCACUGCUCAGAGUGUGGAAAGAGUUUUAAUCAGCUGGGUAUUCUCCAACAACACCAGCGUGUCCACACAGGAGAGAAGCCAUAUCAGUGCUCGGACUGUGGAAAGAGUUUUAAUCAGCAGAGCAGUCUUCAGUCGCACCAGUACGCUCACACAGGAGAGACACCGUUUCACUGUUCAGAGUGUGGGAAAAGUUUUUCAAGCAGAAAUAGUCUAAUGACACACAAGCGCAUUCACACAGGAGCGAUGCCGUAUCACUGCACAGAGUACUGUGGAAAGAGUUUUCAUCGGCAGAGCACUCUGAAGAGACACCGGCGCAUUCACACCGGCGAGAAACCGUAUCAGUGCUCAGAGUGUGGGAAGACUUUUACUCAGAAGAGUAAUCUGGGACAACACCAGCACAUUCACACAGGAGACAAACCAUAUCGCUGCCCAGACUGCGGGAAGAGUUUUAAUAGGCAUAGUCUUCUCCAGCUACAUCAGCGUUUUCAUACAGGAGAGAAACUGUAUUACUGCUCAGAGUGCGGAAAGAGUUUUAAUCAACAUAUUAAUCUCCAAAAACACCAGCGCAUCCACACCGGAGAGAAGCCGUAUCACUGCUCAGAGUGUUGGAAGAGUUUUACUAAUCAGAGUCACCUCCGAGAUCACCAGCGCAUCCACACGGGAGAGCAGCCAUAUCACUGCUCAGAGUGUGGGAGGAGUUUUAACCGACAGAGUAGCCUCCAAAGACACCAGCGUGUUCACAGAGGAGAGAAACCUCACCACUGCUCAGACUGUGGGAAGAGCUUUACUAAUCAAACUAAUCUCAAAAUACACCAGCGCAUUCACACCGGAGAGAAACUGCAUCACUGCUCGUACUGUGGAAGGAGUUUUAAUCGACGGAGGACACUUCAGCAACAUCAGCACAUUCACACAGGAGAUAAGCCAUUUCGGUGCUCAGAGUGCGGAAAGAGCUUUACUCAACUGAAUAAUCUCAAAAUACACCAGCGCACCCACACGGGAGAGAAGCCGUAUCAGUGCUCGGACUGUGGAAAGAGUUUUAAUCGGCAGAGUACUCUUCAGCAACAUCAGCACAUCCACACAGGAGAGAAGCCUUAUCACUGCUCAGAGUGCGGGAAAUGUUUUCAUCGGCAGAGUCAUCUUCAACAACACCGGCGCAUCCACACAGGAGAGAAGCCGUUUCAGUGUUCGGAGUGCGGGAAGAGUUUCACUCAACAGAGUAAUCUCCAACAGCACCGGCACAUUCACACGGGAGAGAAGCCGUAUGAGUGCUCAGAGUGUGGGAAGAGUUUUAAUCGGCAUAGUCUUCUCCAACUACAUCAGCGUAUUCACACAGGAGAGAAUCUGUAUUACUGCUCAGUCUGCGGAAAGAGUUUUAAUCAACAGAGUAAUCUCCAGCAACACCAGCGCAUCCACACCGGAGAGAAGCCGUAUCACUGCUCAGAGUGUUGGAAGAGUUUUACUAAUCAGAGUCACCUCCAAGAUCACCAGCGCAUCCACACAGGAGAGAAGCCGUACGAGUGCUCAGAGUGUGGGAGGAGUUUUAAUCGACAGAGUAGCCUCCAAAGACACCAGCGCGUUCAUAGAGGAGAGACCCUGUAUUAAUGCUUUGUAUGUAGGCAGAGCUGUAGGCACACCAUUACCUUAAAGACACAGGUGUACUUAUAGGGAGAUGACAUGAGAUGAACUCUAAAUUCUGUAACCUUGUUUUUAUUUUAAAUUACUCUUUUAAACAAUAGUUCUGCAAAAAAAAAAAAUCUAAUUUUCUUUUUACGCUAAAUGUAGUCGAACAGCUAAGACAUUUUUGGUGCCUGAAGUUUGGCACUUUAUCUUUGUAAUGGGACUUCAAUGCAAAUGUAGGCUUAAACUGCACCUCUGCCAUCAUGUAGACUGAAUGUCUAAACUGUCACGUCCUUGUCUUAAUUAAAAAACACUUCAUGUAUGUAUAAAUUCUUUGUGUAAAUUAAUAAAUACAGUAGCGUAAGAGAAAUCAUAAAUCAGAGCUUUUUUGUAGUAUCACAUCCCUUUUGUGGAUAGUAACUUCCACUUAUUCUCUUUUGUGUCUGAGUCCUAUGGUACAUUAUAUGGACAAAGUAUUGGGACACCUCCACAUCACACCCCUGGAGCUUUUAUGAAUCCUGUUCUAAAUCCUUAGGCAUUAAU